AUGGGCCAAUUAAUUAGUACGGUUAUCAAAACUUUUGAGGAAGUCAACGAUGAGGAAAAACGUCGAAAACGAGAACAACUUCAGUUACUGGAAAUGCUUCUCAAAUCUCAGUCCGAUCAAUUUGAUCAAGAAUUAAGAAAAAUGCUUUCUGGUAGUGAUGUUGGAAGUGUCAAGGUGACUAAAGAAGGCCCCCUCCAAUCUUUUAAAGAAAGCAGAGUCACAGUUUCAUCCCAACCCUCUGAAGACAUCGAUAAGAUUCUUGAUUCCUUAUUACCCACAGACAGUCAACAUUUUGACUUCCUUAAAGGUCUUAAGGGUAUUAUUAAGACUGGCUUAAGUACUUUUCUGGGUAAUUCAAAUAUUGGUGAACAGACGAAGGAUUUCUUAUAUGUUUGUCUGUUGAAUAAUACGAUCGUUAGAAUAGACGUCAAGCUUUGGAUGUAUACAUUUGGAGUCAAAGGAGUUAUUGCAGAGUGCGAAAAGGCUCUAUGCUACUCAUACACCCUUUCAGUUGUGGACCACGAAGAGACUAGCCUAGAUGCCCUUAUCUUUUUAGUUACUCAAAGUGCCAAUGAAGCUGGUAAAGAUCCGAAGGAACUUAUUAAACAAUUGACUGACCUCUGGAAUUCUCCUCUUCGAGAUAAAACUCCAUCCAAGAUUCAUAAGGAAAUCAUGAAUAAAAUUGAAGCUAAAUUAAAAUUACAGAUUAGUUCAAUUCAAACAGAGAGAGAACGUUUAGACCUUCUAAUGCGUCAAUAUGUUGGCAAUGACAUAAUAGUUCCAAAAGAUCGUAAAACAAUACCUUGGAAUAAUAUUCCUUUUAAGAAUUACCAUCUCGGUGUGGAAAUGAUUAUUAUGGAAAUUGAAUUAUUUUACAUGUUCCCAAGUUGGAAACAUGAUAAAGAAUGGUUUCCAGACUGGAUUUAUUAUGAUAUGCCUGUUACUGAAGUUCGUAAAUUAAUUAACGCAAUUGAUAAUGAUAAAACCGUAUUUAAUUAUUAUCUUCCAGUUAUUAGUGCGGAUUUAAGAGAUUUAGUAGCACUUAAUGAUGAUAUUAAGGAAAAACAAAAGAACAAACAAAUUGAUGAACUUAAACAACUAAUAAAUGAACUUAACAAGCAAAUAGAUUUACUAAGUCAGCAAAUGGGUAUACUAAUAAGUGUACAAAACCAGCAAAUGGAUUUGCAGCAAAUAAGUUUACAAAAUCAGCAAAUAAGUAUACCAAAUCAACCAAAUCAACAAAUGGUUAUACUAAAUUAG